AUGGAUAAUCAAUUACCAUCAACAAUGGUGCCUCCCGAAUAUGACGAGGAAUUGAAUCAUUUGUUUUUUAUCAAAAAUGUUGUACGAAAUGGUAGUGGUAUGAAAAAGUCUGAUUUACACCAAAAUUUUUAUAGUAUUUAUAAAGCCUUCGUUGAAAAUCGGCAAAAUUUAAUCAAUGAAUUGAGAAAUAUAGCAGAUGAGUCGGUAUGUGUUAAAAAAAGUUGUACCAUUUCUACAAUCACGGGAAGUUCAGUUGGUAUUGCUGGUGGUACUGCAGCAAUUGCUGGAACUAUUGUAUAUCCACCGUUACUUGUUGGAGGAUUGGUUAUUGCUGGACUUGCUACGGCUACAAAUUUGGGGACGCAACUGACCGAAUUCAUACUUUUUCGAAAUAUGGUCAAGAAGGUGGAAUCACUGUCAAAAUAUGAUAUCGAACUGAUGCACGAUAUUGAAGACAUUUAUCAAAAUGCACUGAAUUCUAACUUGUUUGAAGUAAACGAACAAGCUGAUAGAACUUUCCGGACCAUGGAUACUGCAACAAAUGACCUUCCAUCAUUGGGACUUCAAAUUGGCGCCAGUGGUGCGAAAAGUGCAACCGCUUUAGGCUUACGAAGUGUUGGAAUUCAAGUGAGUCAGAUUGGAAGCACACUGAUGCGGGGCGUUGCACGUGGUGCCAUUGGGAUUGGUAUUAUUAUUGACGGUGUGACGAUGUUUAUAUCAGCGCGUGACAUAGCAACAGAUUACAAGGAUUAUUUUUCAAAAAGCGAAAAAAAAUUAGAAAUGCGAAUGUCGAAACGGAAAGUGGUAGCGUCAAUGGAUGUGACAGAUUCGCAUGCUGAUAAUGGAAAUGAAGGCAGUUCUGGAUUGAAAAAGAAGAGAGUACUUCCUUACGAAGAAACAUAUUUACGUUCAAUACCACAUGCUACUCAAUACGAGAAAUCAUUCAUGCACCGCGAUACGAUAACUCAUGUCAUUGCAACCGCAACAGAUUUCAUUAUAACAGCAAGCAAGGAUGGGCACUUGAAAUUCUGGAAGAAAAAACAUGGUGAAGGAAUUGAAUUUGUCAAACAUUUCCGAUGCCAUCUCCAUGCUUUUUCUCACUUAACGGUCAAUCAUAACGGGACAUUAAUGGCAACGGUUUGUAUGCAUGACAAGUCAGUGAAGAUAUUUGAUAUAUCCAAUUUCGAUAUGAUUAAUAUGCUUAGUACUGAAUUUGCUCCGAGAACUGCUGCGUGGAUACAUCAGGGAAAUGAUGUUAUACAGGCGUUAGCUAUAUCAGACUCAGAUUCAGGGAAAAUCUACAUUUACGACGGCAAAGGCGAUGAUAGACCAAUUCAUGUUUUAGAUAAAAUCCAUUCAAAUUCUGUGAAAUUUAUCGAGUAUAACUUGCAUUUUGAUUGUGCUAUUUCUGUUGAUACAAAAGGAAUGUUGGAAUAUUGGUCUGGUCCGAAGCGCGAAUAUCAGUUUCCGGAUAACGUGAAGUGGACGUAUAAAACGGAUACUGAUCUUUAUGAAUUUGUUAAAGUUAAAGCACCACCACGUUGUUUGCUGAUAUCACCAAAUGGAAAAUUAUUUGCUGCUGUUGGAGCAGAUCGACGUAUCCGAAUAUUUGAUUUUGCUAGCGGGAAGUUGAUAAAAGUCAUCGAUGAAACAAUGCGGUUUUAUAUUGAUCAAGCUGCAGCUAAUAAAAAUUACGGCUUACAAAAUAUGGAAUGGAAUCGACGAGUGGCACUGGAAAAAGAGCUGGAUCGUGAUGAAAAUACUUUCCAGCAUUUAUCGAUUUGUUUUGACGAAACCAGUAAUUUUCUUAUUUAUCCUACACCAAUUGGGAUCAAAGUCUACAACUUAUACACCGAUGAAAUAGUUCGUGAAAUUGGCAAAAAUGAGAAUAUGCGAUUUUUGGGUGUCUCACUUUGUCGUGCUGUACCAUACUUCAAGGGACAGUUACAGGGAGCAGCAGUGACAGUUGAUGCAGUGGCUGCAACAAAUCCAAAUCUGAAGAAAACAGAGCCUGAUCCUAUGUUGGUUGCUUGUGCAUAUCGGAAAGGCAGAUUUUAUUUGUUUACCAAUGCAGAGCCUUUUUCAACCGAUGAAAGUGAUGAUGCAGACGGUACUGGUAUGGGACGGGAUGUCUUCAAUGAAAAACCAAGGAAAGAGGAUAUUAUAACAGCUGUAGAGAGUGAUACAAUUGAUAGUAAAGUGACAGAACAUGCAGUAAUACAUACCUCAUUCGGUGAUAUACACAUAAAAUUAUUUCCCAAUGAAUGUCCAAAAACUGUAGAAAAUUUUUGCACUCACGCAAGGCGAGGUUACUAUAAUGGUCACACAUUUCAUCGUGUAAUUAAAAGUUUCAUGAUUCAAGUUGGCGACCCUACCGGUAAAGGAACUGGUGGUCAGUCCAUUUGGGGUGAAGAUUUCGAGGAUGAAUUUCAUCCCAAACUUAGACACGAUAAACCUUACAUGGUUUCAAUGGCAAAUGCAGGUCCGAAUACCAAUGGAUCUCAAUUUUUCAUUACAGUUAUUCCUGCAGAUUGGUUAGAUGGCAAGAAUACCCUUUUCGGACAGGUAACAGAAGGUUUUAGUGUAGUGCAAAAAAUUAAUCAGGUACCGACAUUUGAGAAAAGUGGCCGGCCAAAACAAGAAAUAAACAUUAUUUCUAUUACACUGAAAUAA